UUUUAAACUAAUUGCUUGUCGACGGGGAAUUUCUUCUGUUGGCAUUAUUUUCUAUUUGGACCUUUGUGAGGAAUUGUGGUUUCCUCUUUUUGUGUCUUAUAUCUUUGUCCGAGUUUGUACCUGUAUAGGUUGAGCAAAUCGCCUACGGCAGGAUCUCCACAAUCUUUCUUCUUUUUUUUUCUUUUUCUAUUCACGAUUGAUUGCUUCUCACGAUGUCUAUGAUUACUACUUCCGCUUGGGUGCGGCGCGGAGUCGCCGCCCAGUUCCCUACGAAAUAUGAGAUCAACGAGGAGGAAAUGGAUCGCAUAUCGAAGCUUGCGCGCAUGCAGCUUGAAGAGGCGCAGGGUGAUUUGAAGGCUGCGCAGGAGGAUGAGGAGAUGGAGGAGGAUGAUAAGAAGGAGGGUGCGGAUGAUGCUAUGGAGGAUGAUUCUAAGGAGGAGGAGAAGGUUGAGAAGAAGGAUGGUGCUGCGGAUGACGAUGAUGACCUCAAGGAAUACGAUCUGGAUCACUACGACAGCGACGAGGUCGAUGAGGACGGCGAAAAGAUCACCAUGUUCGGCAAUGUCAAGUCGCUCGCCUACCACCAGCCCAACGAGGAGGACCCGUACCUGGUUAUGCCGCCGGAGGAGGAGGACGAGGAGAGAGAGGAACUGCAGAUUAUGCCGACGGAUAACCUGCUGUUGGCGGGUAAGGUUGAGGACGAGGUUGCUCAUCUGGAGGUCUACGUCUACGAGGAUGCCGCCGAUAACCUCUACGUUCACCACGAUAUCAUGCUUCCCGCUAUUCCGUUGGCGCUGGAGUGGUUGGACAUCCCCGUUGGUAAGACGGCUGAGGGCCGCACUACCGGUAACUUCGUGGCUAUCGGAACAAUGGAGCCUGACAUUGAGAUUUGGGAUCUUGAUGUCGUCGACAGCAUGUACCCCAACGCGAUCCUGGGACAGGGCGGUGCCGAUUCCGAGAACGGCGCGAAGAAGUCCAAGAAGAAGAAGGUCAAGGCCAACGACGAAUACCACAUCGACUCGAUCCUCGCUCUGGCUGCGAACCGCCAGCACCGCAACCUCCUGGCCUCUGGAUCUGCCGAUCGCACCGUGAAGCUCUGGGAUCUCCAGACCACCAAGUGCGCCAAGUCCUACUCCCACCACACCGACAAGGUGUGCGCGCUGGAGUGGCACCCGACCGAGUCUACCGUCCUGCUGAGCGGUAGUUACGACCGCACCGUGGUCGCAGCGGAUAUGAGAGCCCCCGACUCCAAGGCCCGCUGGGGCGUGGAUGCCGAUGUCGAGAACGUGCGCUGGGACAAGCACGACCCGAACUACUUCUACGUGACGACGGAUGCCGGUAUGGUGUACCGCUACGAUGUGCGCAACAUCCCCGCCUCGCCCAAGGAGUCCAAGCCCGUGUGGACGCUGCAGGCACACGACUCGUCGGUGUCGUCGUUUGACGUCAACCCGACCGUGCCGGGCUACCUGGUGACCGGAUCAACGGACAAGUCCGUGAAGCUCUGGAACGUUGAGAACGACAAGCCCAGCAUGGUGGUGUCUCGCAAGUUGGAAGUGGGCAAGAUCUUCUCGACCACUUUCGCGCCGGAUGCUGAUGUGAGCUUCCGCCUGGCCGUGGCGGGCAGCAAGGGCGUGGUCCAGAUCUGGGACACCUCCACCAACGCGGCGGUGCGUCGUGCUUUCGUCUCGCGGAUGCCUUCCCUGGAGGGAGAGGUGCAGGAACGUCUGGUCGGUAUUCAGCCCGAUCAGGAUGAGUCGGAUGAAGAGGAAGGCGUGCAGGAGGUUGAAGCGGCGCAAGGUGCGGAUGGCUGGGAGUCGAUGGAUGAGGAUUGAGUAGAUGCAAUGCAACAAACGAGAAGCAGAAGCUUAAAGCCGGACGCCUUCAGCCUGGAUGACCGCAACAACAAAAACUGGAAGUAAAAAGAAUGGAUCUACGGGAGUUCUACUACUUAUAGAUAGAAUAUUUUGAGAGUACCUCUUUUGCAAUGAAAACGUUGUG